AUGGCACAGAAUCGACGAAGUUCUAUGGGUCCUUUUCCAGUUCCUAGACCGACAAACCCUGGGGACGGGAAUCAAGUUGAUUUGGGUAGAAAGCAAGUGGAUGCUAAUGCGAAGACUCGUCAUGUACGUUGGAGCGACGAAAUGGAUGGUUUAUUUAUCACUUCACUUGUUGAACAAGUGUUGGAUGGGCACAAACGAACUGACAAUGGCUUCACUGCAUUUCAAGUGUCUAAGGCAAUGGAAAGGGUUUCCAAUGGAUGCGGAGUUAUUGUCUCGGAUAAGAAUGUGAGGGCAAGGUUGAAGACUCUUAAAAAGGAGCACAAUGAAGUGCGACAGUUGCUCAAUAUGAGCGGCUUCGGGUUGGACCCAGAAACAGGAUGCAUUGUGGCUGAUCAAGUUGCGUGGGAUGAAUUUAUUAAGGUGAUUCUUGGGGCUGGAGGAAAUAAUACUGGAAGUGAAGGGUUAUUUGGUGGUGAUGCAUUAAAGGAGGAGUCUUGGGAUGUGGGGAAAUCACAGGGGAGGAAGAAGAAAGAUGGUGAUUCUGAGGAGGAAAUCGGGGCUUAG